AUGGGUCCCGCCAAAAGUCAGGGGCAAUACGACUACCCUUCCCCGGGUCACAGGGGGCCAGACCAGGGGGCCGUCCCCGGUGCUUCCUCGGCAGCUAGCCGAGCUCUCUUCCCCAGAGGUAACAGGCCUCCGCCCCAAGGCACGGGCCCCACGGCAGCGCGGGACAAAGCGCCCCCCGCCCAUGAUAAUGGGCACACCCUCGACAGGGUGGUCAAGGCGGCCCCUCCGCCCAGGAACCAUGAGCGCUCCACACAACCUCCCCCCUCAUACAACCUCUACCGCCUGUACCGACCACCCCUUACUCCUCCCUCUCCACGCCCCCAGCAGCGACACGGACCUCGCUGCGAGCCAGUCCCUCGCCGGCACCACGCCCGGCACCACGCAAGCACUUCCCCCACAAUGCUGAGGGCGUCGGUUCUCGAUGAGGAGCGAGGUGGGAGACGCAACUCAUCACCAAGUACCUGGAGUCCCCUGCCCCCACUCUACUACCCCCUCAACCACCACAAGUCGCCCACGGUCACGUUGUCAACAUCGCGAAGCGACCUGAAAGCGAAGCAACACAAAACGAGCAGGACAAGGACGUUUCAUUACCGCACCCCAGAAAAGGAAACAAGAAAGAGCACGCGAGGAACGCCAAACAUCCCGAAACUCUACAAGGCGUUGAACGUCCCACUUCCAACUGAACUAUCAGGAGGGCAAAGCUAUAACCCCAGGAACUCUUCACAGAGUACAGAUGUGGUCCUAAAAUUGAAAUGUGUUUUUAAACAAAAACAGUACAAGAGCGACCAGGCUGUUUUGGACGAGCAAACACAUCAGCAAGGACCAAAACGUCAACCAUCAUGCUACUAUCACAUCAAAAAUAGAACUAUCAAUGCACAAUUCUCUCCCGUGGUCACUUUAGAAGAAUCGAAAUGA